GUGUGAUUUUUUGAGACUUGGUAAAUUUUUCUGUAUUGCGUUUUUUGCUUUGCAAGUGAAAAUUUGUGAAAUAGACCUCGCCGUUGUUGGAGAAUAUAAAAAAAUAUAUUUUUUGGAACUCCUUUAAAUUUUUGGUUGUAUAAACUAAUAAUAAAUAGUAAGCAGAACACUUAUAAAAGGAGCAGGUGUAAAGUGUCUAGUGACAGCACAACAACGACAAGGCAGGCAUUUCGAUGCUAAGGAUCCGCAUCAAAAUGGGUCCACAACAGCGUAAUAAAGAAUGGACUUGCUGCUUUGGUUUGCACGUUCAUACCGCCACCAUUAUGAUUGGCCUCUGGCAUUUGUUUUUGAAUAUUUUGGCACUCAGUCUACUCGCUGUAAUAUGGCGCAAUCCGCAUAUGAUGGAAGAGCUCGAGAGCGGCUACGACUAUACAGUCGAUUUAAGCGCGCCCGCCUUGCCCACACCGCUUAGCAAGGUGGAUCCACCAUACCCAUAUCGCGAUCAUUCGCUCAACUAUCGCAAACAAUAUCAAAAUUUUGAUAUGGGCGGCUUAGUUUGCACCUGUAUGAUCGCUAUUACACUCAUGAUGAUCUACGGCACACUCAAGGGUAAACCCUCACAUUUGUUACCAUUUUUCUGUUUGCAGCUGUUUGAUUUUGCCAUCACUACUCUCACUGCUGCUGGCUACAUUUGUUACCUACAAGCUAUACACCGCCUAAUCGCCGAAUCACACCGCCUCCCUUGGCGCGAGAAAUUACUCGAGAUGUCACAGGAAGAGCUGAUGGUUAUCGUUUUGGUUGUUUUCAUUUGCAUUGUCUUCUUGAAGGCCUAUGCCAUCGGCGUUGUUUGGCGUUGUUACAAGUAUCUUACGCUGCGUCAGCAAAAUCUACGCACCCUUCUCCCUUGUGUGAUGCCUGAAUUGGGUGGCGCUGGACUGGUGGGCGAAGAGCGCGCCUACACAACACUCUUGCCAAAUUAUGACGAAGCUAUUGCACAGUAUUUGAAGCAAGCACCACCACCAUCCUAUCAGGUGGCUAUGUCCAACUAUCAGCGUGUCGAUGCCGAGGUAGAUGCGGCCAAUAAUGUGGUUGCUGCUGGCGCUGCAGUGGUCACCGCUGACGAUACCAUGGACAACAACAAUGAUACACCGAACAAUAAUAACACAGUGCAUGUGAAUGCAAAUACACCGCCAAUGAGACGAAAUGAAGCAAGCAUCGGCGCUGAGAGUGUUGAAACCGUUGCUACUGCCCCCACUGAGUCGGAUAAUAUCGCUGCCCCUGCGGCUGCAGCAGAUACAGUACGUGCUACUGGCGAGUUGACGCCACCGCCCCCUUACAUUAAUGGCGCUAUCAGGGUGACCGUUGGAAAUGGAGAGCCGCGCUUGGGACAACCACAGUCGCCACAAGCAGACAAUAGAAAUGAGAGUCAGGCUUAAGCGCAGUGAGUGAUUAUUGCGGCAAUACGCGUUAUGCCUGAGGAGUUUUAUGAGGAUGUGAAGAGUGGUUUUGUAUAUGAAAAGACAGCGAUUUUCGUAACAAGUUAAGAAUGUUCAAAUAACAACAUGAUUGUAUAUCCACAGUUUGUGAAGAGUACGGCUAAAUAAUGGCUUUCGUGAGAGAUAUUUUUUUUUGUUUUUCGUAAGGACGUUUGGCUUAAAUUUUGACUUGAAUUGUAAAUGUUUCUUUUUGUGACGCUCAAGUUAUGGAAGCAGAGACUCCGUUCCGAAAUUGUUGGAAAUUUUUUUGUAAACAAAAUAUUUAUUCGCACACCAAAAGAAAAAAAAACGUGGAAAAUAGUUUAAAGAGUUUUUUUUUAAUAAAUGAUGCUCGCUAUUUAAGUUUUUCUGAUUAGAAAUUUUCUAACUUUGACACCGUAGUUUCUUAAGAACGCAAAAAAUGGGCAUUUUUGGAGCGCUUAAAACCUUUAAUUAUUGUUGAGUCUCGGUUUUAUGCUACAUACUACGUAAAUUUUCAAGAAAAAUAUUUUUUGCUUUAGGUAUUGAGUGGAGAGAUUGGUAUAUAAUUUUUUGGCAGCACAUUUUUUUAGCUAUCUUUGGUUGUUGACAUUUUCGAUGCUUUUUUUUACUAAACAAAAUUUAGGAAAGACACGAGUGAUUGGAAAUAAAUAUACAUACAUAUAAAUAAUAGAAUAGAAACUAAAGUAAAAAGGUUUUAAGCAAAACUAAAGAGAAAAUUAUUUAUCAGAAAAAGUCUCCAAUGCAAAAAUUGCUAUAAAACUAACAAAAAUUGUUAAAAUUUUCAAACACAACUGCGAAACUACAUUAUCAAGUGCUAAAAAAAGAUGCAAAGCAAAAAAAAAAUACAAUGAUAAACAAUAAAAAUUAACAACUUUUCGCUCUAAAUGUAUGUAUUCUAAUAUCACACACACAGAAAAAAAGGAAACAAAAAAAUUUUACUAUUUGAAUGAAUGCUAAAGCGUGUUAAAAGUGGAAGUGAAAGUAAUACCCCAGAAAUUUAGUGAUUUUACAAACGAUUUCAAAUAGUGUAUGAAAACUGAAUGAAAUUUUAAGAAUUGUAUACAGCAAAAACUACUUAAACGAUAAAUAAAUACCAAAAGCUAAGCGUUAACAAAAAGAAAAAACACUUGCAGUAAAUAAUUUGGAUAUAAAUACAUACAUUAUACAAAAAUAUAAGCGUAUAUGGCUAAAAACUUGAUAAACACACACACACACAAACACGACUACUUACACAUAUAUGCAUAUUCAACUAAAUGUGUUGUUAAGGGUAUAUGUCGCAAAUAACGACGUUUUUAUUGUGUAAAGAAAUAAUGUCCAAAAUAUACUUAUACUAAAAAAAAAAGUAGUGAAACCAUUAUCUACAAUAUAAAAAAUUACAACUAAAACAUAUUUUAGUUUUGAAUUUCUGCACUGUCGCACAAUUUAAAUUUCAACGUUUAGAUGUAAAAUAAACAUUAAAUUGUUAUUUUUAUAAAUUACAUCAAAUUCAAAGGCAUUAGAGUAUUUUCAUAUUAUUUACUUAUUUAGUAUACCUAACGUUUCGGGUUUUAAAUAUUUACAUACAAAGUCUCAUAUCCACGCAAACCUCGUAAAAUUGUUUAAUUUUGUACGGAAACCCGGUUUAUUUACGAGGUUUACACAGUUACGAGGCAUUUAUACCCUGACUUUUUUAAUUUUUGUUUUAUCAAAAUUUUUUGUUAUUUUUAAUUUCAAAGUUGUAUAUCACAUAUUUUUUAAUUUAAAAUUUUCCCUCUUAACAACUUCUCACGCGCCACAACAACUUAU